AUGGUGUGGAUCGAUACUAUUGAAAACCUGUCACCAUUGCUAGCCAAUGAAGACAUUUUACAAGCAAUUGACAUCUUGCAUACUUCAAUUAUUGCAUUAUUAACCCCCAGAAGCAUUAUUUUGAUACAUCAACAAACAUUAUUGCCAUUAACAGUACAUACGAGAAGCGAAGAAUCAAUCAAACAACAUGGAUUAAACAAGGAAAUUAAAACUAAAGAGAUUAAUGUCAACUAUGGAGAAUUACAGAAAUUGAAUAUAGCCAAUUUAUUUUGUCAAACGGAUGAAGAUUAUCUUAUUAUCUUCCAAAUUACAAUUGAUCCUACCAAAUCAAUAUAUGAAGUUCAUGACAACAAUUCCACGAAUAACAAUGAAAUACUACAAAAGAUCUACCCCACCAGUUAUUCUAAAUCCAAGUUCCUGAUACAAAACAUUUUCAACAAUGUAAAGAAUCUAAUCAACGAAGUAACUUUGAACCUUGAAAAUGUGGAAAAUUUCAAUAAUUAUCAACAAGAAGAAGAUAAGCUUAAUGGAGAUAUUGAAUUUACGAAGAUGUCUAUUUUCAAAAUAAUCAAAGUUGCCAUUGGGAUUGAAAACGUUUGGGUGAAAUCCAACAGUCACAAUAUUUUCGUAUAUAAUAAUAAUUGCAUACAAAUCAUCAACAUCAAGAAUAUGAAUAAUGAAGUAAUCUAUUUGAACGAGUUGGAAUGGUACAAUGGUAAACAAAUCAAGUUCAUUGAUUAUUGCAAGGGAGGAUUUGUGUUUGUCAAUGAAUCAGAUGAGAUUUGGUGGCUAAAUGUUACUGAUUUACCUGAUAUCUCAGGAUAUCAAUUUGAAGGAACUUUCAAAGAUGUUGAAUAUAUAAAAUUCAACCCGGUAUUUGAUCUACUUAUAAUAUAUCAGAAGAAAAGAGGCGAAGACCUAGAAAAUGAUGAGAUCCUCCACAACAAUGUAUUGAACUUGUACAAACAUGAAAAGGAGAGAUUAGUGUUUUUACAGAAAAUCGAGUAUGAUUUAGGUAACUUCCAGUAUUUAACAAUCGACUGGUGUUUCAAUGGGAAUUUCUUUGUACUUCUUUCAGACAAAGGGUAUUGGACAAUUAUAUCCAAAUUCGGUAAUGGAACCACCAAUACUUUGAAUAUCAGUAACGAAUUGAAUUAUAAUUUCUUACUCACCGAUAAAGUACUUAUCGGUAGUAACGGUCAUUUCUUAUACCUAAUCAAUAAUGAGACCAAGAUGAUUUCUAAAGUGGGCUUAACCAGUUUGAAUAAUGAUGAAGAUUUAGUAUUGGUAAACCAGAAUUAUAUUUCGACUAUACAUAACAAUAAGAUUGUAAAAUUCCCAAUGUUGCCAGUGUUUAAGAAAGUUUUGAAUGUAAUGGAAGAUAAACAAUGCAAGUUUAAAGUCUCAAUCAACGAUACUAAUCAAUUUAUUAUGACUUUUGGUAAUCAAAUUUCAGUAUCUACACCUUUUAGAGAAGGAACUAUCAAUCCAUUACGUCAUAUUGUAUGGUAUCAUUUUAAAAACUAUUAUAUGGAAUCCCUUAAUAUCAUACAACAUAUCUGUUAUAAGAAUUACAUUCUUUUGAUCAAUCGAAGUAUGAAAGAAAUCAAUAACAAGGAUAAAUUAAUAGAUGAGUUGAUCAUUAUUAAUAUCGAGGAUUUAAAAUAUGGUGAUGGAGGUAGUCAAAUUCAUUUUGAUAGUGAUUUGAUUGUUUGGAGACAAAAGUUUAACAAUUUGAUUUUAACUGUUGAUAUAAUCAAUGGGAAUUUGGCUGUUCUUGAAGAUACCAACUUCAAGAUUCUCUUAUUCAAGAUUUCAAGAAACACGAAGAUCAAUGAAAACUUCUACAAAUUCCAUAUCAAGGUCAUAAAGACCAUUUACUUAAACGAUAUACCAGGAGAUUUCGAUGUUAGUAAAGUGAUCAAAUUAGACAUAAUUAAUGCUAACAAUGAUAUAAUAUUCUUGUUGAAUAAUGGAGAUUUCUUCCUCCUUAAAAGUCAAUCGAACAAAAUCCUUCUUACUAAUUUUUAUCAAUUGAUCAAAAUCAAUGAAAGUAUUGAGAAUUUCAAAAUCAACAACAUCAUAUUAUCGGAAGAUUUGGUGAAGUACAUUUAUUUGUUUAAAGGAAACUCCAUUUUGAUUUACAAUUUGACCAAUUUAAUCGAUUUAUCAUUUGAUAAGUCCAUUCAUAUCACCGAUGGUAUUGAAGAUAUUGAUCUUCCUUCAUUGAUUCAACCCAUAAUUGUCAACUAUACCAGUUAUCAACCUUUAAAGAUCUUACAAAAUGAUAAAACCAUUAAUCUCAUAGGAUUGCAAGAUUUGAUAAUAAACAACAACAUAGUCAAGCUAAAACUCAAUUACAAUUUGAUCUUGAACAAUCUCAUUGAAUUUGAUUUAAUCAAUAAUAUUCCUUUGGAUGACAUCAAGUUGAAAUUUAACACAUUUGAAAAUUUCAGUUAUUGUUUAGAAUUGUUACUUUUCAAGUAUUUAACUAAUGAUGAUACUGAAUUGUUAAAGAAACUAGUAAAACUCAUAGAUAAUGAUCUUAUCAUUUUCAUUAAUUGUCUCCGGAAAAUUGAGUUCAACUAUUGGUCUAAAUUUUUCAAAGUUUUAGGGAAAACUCCUAUAACUAUGAUGGAGAACAUUCUUCACGAGAAUAACGUCGAAUUAUGCUAUAACUUCUUAAUCAUUUAUUUAAAUUGUAAAAAAGAGGGGGAGAUCAAUGGUGAAUUAGACAAAGAUGAUAAGUUAAUAAUCAUGAAGAUUUUGAAAUUAUUGGAUAGCGAAAAUAGAUGGGAUUGGUGCUUCGAGUUAUGUAGAUUUGUUAAGUUAUUAGAUCCUUCCAGCGAAUUUUUGAAAGCUGUAGAAAUUGAAAUAUUUAAAUAG